AUGUCAAACCGUCGACAACAACAACAACAAGCAAAUGUAUUACCACAUCUGUCAAAGGGGAUUGCAAUGCCUGAGAUCCAAGUGUCCAAUCACAACGAUCUCAUGAUGCCAGGUCAGAAAGCAUUGCCCUCUGCCGACUGGAAGAAUUCAGAUGAACACGGCCAAAAUCAGCAGCAGCUUGUACCCGCUUCAGAUCCUGGUCCCAACAGAAGACUCAGUGCCGCCAGGCAAGGUGUGCCUUGGACUGACCGCCAAUCCAAGCUUCAGAUCGACUCCUCCAACGAGCCACCUCCCAUGUUCACUGCUGCUCCAAAAAAGAUGAGCAUCCGACAUCCUCGUGAAUCCAUGUCGUCCAAGCACAUUUAUCGCAUGGACAAUGGCAUUGAUCCUGUUAUAUUGCUGACCAGUCGAUUGGAGGCCUGGAGACUGGCUAUCAAGAAUUUGGUUGCUCUGUUUAAAAAGGUCAUUGCCGUUGAACUCAAAACCUCAAAAGGUCUAGUUCUCGCCUCCAGGGAUAUCGUGGUUCCAUUUGAUAAAUCCAAUGGCCAAUUUCUUGAAAUUGGUAUGGGUGGCAUCCAAGACGUAUGGGCUUCUAUGCGUGAUUAUACAAUGCAGCAUGGCAUGCUUCACCAUGAAUCUGCUGGAUAUCUCGAGAAAGCUGUGAUCCCUGCUCUCCGUGCCAUCAAGAACGACAUCAAAACCAUGAUCAUUGCUAUCCAAAAGGACAAGGCGCUCAAGAGCACUGACAUCUUUGAAAGCCGUAUGCAGGUAGACAGGCUGAUCAGUCGAUUGGACAAGAUCAUUCAGUCCUGCAACCGCUCACCCCAAACAGCCAAUGACAAUACGGAUCCAUUCUUGGUCAACUUGGGCGUCAUUCAUGCAGUCCGUGAGCUGUGUGAUCAUGAGAACCGUCUCCAUGACAACAUCUUGAACCUCCAAAAGGAAACUGGCAUCUUUGAGCAAAAGAUUAUUGAAAACACGCGCUAUGUCAUUCAAAAGCUAGAGGAAUUCAGAUUAAAGAACAAGAUGGAGCACCAGGAUUUCAUUGGUAAAGUGGUUGAAACAUUCAAUGGCAUCAAACCUACGCUGGAGUGGAACGAGUUUGUACGUCGCAAUCAGUACAACUUGAUCUUGGAAAACUCUGCCUACAAGACCGAGAACAUGGUGGAGUAUCCCAACCAGGACAGCAAGUUUGUACGUGCCUUGAAGAUUGGACCUCUUCAGAUAAAGGCCGGUGUCAUGAAGGGCUGGACGGAAGGUGUCUACCUGCUCACACCUGCUGGUUUCUUGCAUGGUUAUAAAACGCCCAAGCAUUUCCAAACGAAUCCUCUGCGCCCCAACUACACGGUGUUUGUACCUGAUUGUGCUAUUGAACGUUUUGAUGACGGCUCGUUUGAUCUUCAUGGUAAGGACAAGCGUUUAUCCAUGGGUCAGGGCACUCGCUACACAUUCCGUGCACGAAAUCCUCGAGAUAGUCAAGGGUGGUUUGAAGCCUUGGUACGCAUCGCAGACCAGUUCAGAAUAGUUCCACUCUUUGAUACGGCGCAAAGUGGUUUCUCAUCCACUGUUCCCAAAAACAGAGACUUGCCUCCAUUACCUGCUAGUACCUUGCCUUUGAUUCAGCAGCCUCCUUCUGCGCCUGAAAAGGAACCCAGACCUGCUGGUGCCAUUCAAUCUACCUACAACACGGCUGGUCCUUCUGGUACGCGUCAAGACGACUUGGAUCCCGUUUUGGAGGAAGAGCAAGACCCUGUACUCGGUGAUCAUCAGCCUUUGAUGGAGGAGCACCACACCGACGACGAUGGAAGUCAAACGCCCGUAGCAGGUAACUCGUUGCAUAACGAGCACUUACCCCAUCCUGCUGUUGCUGUAGCUACUGGUGCUGCUGCUGGUGCCGCUGCCGCAGGCGCUGUGGAUGUCAAUCAACAUCUGCACUCUGAAAAGACGCUGGGACAAGAUCAAUCGCGAGGCUUGACGGAGGAUCCCGCCACUCCCGUGACACCCACUGCUGCUUCUGUAGGUCAAUCUGGUCAGUUUGUCCCUCAACAACAGCAAAACACCCAAACCAUUCACCCUCCUCAGUCUCAGUUAGCUGAUCUCAGUGAGCAGCAAGACUUUGAUAAACGCCCCUUGGAAGAACAGCGAGGACUGCCCACCAGUGAUGUACCUACGACAAGUAACAAAACGGCUGCAGCAAACGAGGAAUUCAACGAUGGAAGUAAUGUUGAUAACUGGCAGUCUGUGAACGGCGGUGCCUCAAAGGCUGAAGGUAGAUUUGACACUGCCAGCCAUCACUCCAAGAUUGCUGAUCAUUUGAACGACGAGGACGAAAUCAACCUUGCUAAUCAGCAACUGCAAGCUUCUGAUGCGUAUACUCCCAUCGAAAACUAUCAUCUCCAGCAAACGCAAAAGCAAGAAACAGCCGCAUUGUAA